AUGUCUGUUGAAAAAACUAAAAUCCUAUUGAUCGGUUCCGGUGGUGUUGGUACAAUUGCCUCGUACGCUUUGGAAUACGCUGGCAAGUCUGAGGUUACCUCUGUUCUACGUUCCGACUACAACAAAGUCACUGAAAAGGGCUUCUCGAUCGACUCUUGCGACUACGGCCAAAUUGACUCGUUCAGACCAAGCCACAUCGCAAAGAGCGUCGAGGAUAGUUUGCGAUAUGGCCCUUUCGAAUACAUCCUAGUGGUGACCAAAUCCGUUCCAGAAGUGGGCAGUAUGGUUGAUGUUAUCGCGCCCGCUGUAUCUGACAAUACCGCUAUCGUCUUGAUCCAGAACGGUAUCGGUAUCGAGGGAGAGGUAAUUACCAAAUUCCCUAAAAACGCCGUUCUCAGCGGUGUCAGCAUGAUUGGAUCUUCCAACAUCGAUAGUCAUAUCAACCACGAAGCCCCAGACUCGCUCAAGGUUGGUGUCUUCGAGAGUAACAAAGCAGUCAAGGACGUCACGCAGGCCGUGUGCAAGAAGUUUGUGGAAAUCUACUCUAACGACAAGAACUCGUGUGUGUACGACGAGAGCGUCAAAUUCACAAGAUGGCGCAAACUUGUGUACAACGCAACCCUUAACUCCGUGUGCGCCAUAACUGGUGUCGACUCUGGUAGACUAGAGGUCUUUGGUGGUACCGACAGUAUUAUCCGUAAAGCUAUGAGGGAGGUCCUCGCCGUGGCCAAAUCUGAUGGUGUCGAGCUGCCAGAAGACGUCAUAGAUUUCAUGAUUCGCUCUGACGACCCUGUCUACUACGCCCCAUCGAUGUUGAUCGACGUCCAUAAGGGCAACUUAAUGGAAGUCGAAGUCAUUAGCGGCAACGCAGUCAGAAUUGCAGAGAAAAACGGCGUUUCUGCUCCUUACCUAACACUGCUUUACGAGCUACUAAAGGUUAUCCAGAAAAAGACCAUGGAAAAGAAGGGCUUGCUCACUGUUCCAAAGGAAAGACCGGUACCAAAAUAA